AUGAGGAGAUACACAGGCCGCGCACUUCUGGCAGCCGCCGCCCUCGCGGCCGAGGCCUACAGCAGCCUCAGCCCCGCAGGUGCACUCUUCCUGGCGCUCUUCCUUGCCUGGGGCGCGUUGGCCACGCGCUCCUCCCUCGCGCCCGCACGAGCCGCUGCACGCACCAACCUGGUCCUCUCGCCGCCGCUGCUUUGCGCACUUACGGCGCUGGCGGAGGCGCAGGAUGCUCACACAGCUUGCUGUGGCGGCGGCAGUGGCAGGGGGGCCGGCGGCGGCACAGUGGGUGGCGGCGGCGGGGCCGGCGGGGCCGGCGGCGGCACAGUGGGUGGCGGCGGCGGCGGCGGGGCCGGCGGGGGCGGCGGCGGCACAGUGGGUGGCGGCGGCGGCGGCAGCACGUCUGAAGUCUGUAAGGCUAUCCUGGAGCACCGUACGACGGCGACUCGCUCCGCUUGUCCUCCCAAUAGCGCUUGGUCAGCUGGCAGCGGCGGCGCCGCCGCCUCCGCCGCGGGUCUGCUCGUGGUUCUCGCAGCAUUGCUGUGGCCGGCGGUGUUCAAUCUGCCAUGGCUCCUGCUAGCAUCGUACGGCAUAGCUGCUUGGGCGUUACGGCUGAGCCUUCCUCUCGCCACACACGCACCGCUGUUGCGCUUGUUACAACUGUACUGCGGCGUCGCGCUGGCGGCGUUGUACGGCUGGCAGCUACAACCCCCCGACGCCUGGCACCCCAUGGUGGCCAGCGGUGGCCGGGCUCUAGGACUAUACCGCCUGUACGGCGCAGCGGCAACACAAGACGUGGACGACAUUGUCCUGAUGGCGCUGCACGCCGGAACGCUGACGGCGCUGUACGCGGCGCUGGGAUUCGCCGCCGGCGCGGCGGGGGAGGCUUGGCGGCGCCGUCGGCUUCGACAUGCGACUCGCGUGUCACUGGCCUCAUCCGGAUGGCCGCCGUCCUCUAGUUCCAGAAACCUCACGGUAGGUACGACUGUACGGCACGGCCGCGUCGACACUGCUCUUCGGGAGCCGCUGCUGCCCCCGUCACCCCCGGCCCCCGAGGCCCUUCCGCUCGCUGCCAGUGCGUCACCAGCUGGCGCCGCCAGCUCCCCCCUCCGCAGCCCCUUAGCCGCAACCGCCGCCAGUGGCUCUUUCCGCCCCUUAAGCCCCGCAGCAGCGGAAGGUCCUUCCACCGUGGCACCUGGGGAUGGCGCCAUCCCCCCUUCACAUCCCCCAGUGCUCGCCAGUGGUUCGUCUUUACCCCCCUCCCACCCCGCGGAGCUGCAUCACCGCGGUAUCAGCGACCGCGGAGGGCUACAGCUACAGCUACAGCUACAGCUACAGCCACAGAUCCAAGCCAGCCGUCAUCAGGGACAGGACCCAAGCCUGCGAGAUCAUCACCAGCCGCCGCCGCCGCAGCAGCAGCAGCAGCAUCAGACCAGGGCGGCAUGGCAGCAGCCGACUCACCACCAGCAGCAGCACCAACACCAACACCACGGCGGCGGCUGCGGCGGCGGCCCUGCGGUACUCGCUCGCGCGGCGGCGUGGUCGAUUGAGGCGGUGGAGGGGCUGAGCCGCCACCCCGGUAUGGCCGCCGUGGCGCUGGCGGGUCUUAGCAUGGUGGAGGUGUCCGUGUUGGGCUGGGUGCUGCUGGCGGUGGGCAUGUGGGCGCUGCUGGUACCGGGAAGUCCGCCACCUGUCGUAUUGCCUCUCUUGGGACAUGCGUUUGCAAUCGUGGCCAUGGCCGGACUUUCGCGAAGUAGUACGGCAGGCAGGACGAGCAACAGUGAAUCUGGCGGCGGCGGCGGUGCUAGCGCUAAUGCUAGCGCAGGCCGGGGGCGGGACGCUGGCAACAUCGUCGUCAGCAGUAGCAGCUGCAGCGUCGGCGGCGGAGCUGGGGGCCGCCAUGACAGCGUCGCGAACACCUCUCUGGGCCUUACGUUCGUACUGGCACUGUACCACAUCCUCCAUGUGCUCGUACCUGUGAGCUGGAUCCUGAUCGGGUCGUACAAGCUAGAUCUCCUGCAUGGAGUGUACUUGCUGGCCGUACUGUUAUACUGCGGCUCUACGGCCGUACGGCUAAUUCCUGACCCAAGGGUCGGCGCAAUCAUGCCGGAGGUCCGACAGAGAGAGGGCGUCGUACAUGGCCGUGUCCCCCAUCGUGCCGCUUCCAGCAGCGACGACGACGUCGCAGGCGAUGUCGCCGUUGGCGGCGGCGGCAACGGUGGCAGUGGGACCAGCGGCGGCGUGAGUUAUGCGUUGUCGUACCCAUUUCCGGCGACGCCGCCGGCGCAUUCUAUGCUGCGCCUGUACGCGUCCUUGCACCUGCUGGCAUUGUACGCGGCUAUGUGCGGGCAGCUCCCGGGUCUGGGCUUCCUACAACCUGACCCGUGGGUCACUACACUUCGGCUGGUGGGCCUGUGGGCACCGUGCCGUACGGCAGAUUGUUUGCCUUUACUGGCCACGCUAGUACUGGCGACGGUGCAUGCGGUGGCGGGCAAGUUCCUGAAGGUCGUUGGCGCCGCCAACGGCAAACCGCCAGCGGCAGCCGAGAGCUCACAGCAGCUACAGCCAUCGCCGCCGCCGCCGCCGCCGCAGCAGCAGCAGAAUCCGGCGGGUAGGGCGGCUGUAGUCCAGCACUGGCUUCUAGCCCUGGGAUCCACACUAGCAGAUUUAACAUCGUCAGCAGGAUACCUACUGCUCGCCGUACUGUUGUACGUGCUCGUCCUGUACGAUGUACGGAUAGGGCUUCUGGGAUUGGGCUACAUGGUGCUGGGCGUGCCGCUGCUGCUGGGCCCGCCUCGCCGCGGCCAUUACGUGGGGCUACUACUGCUUCGACAACGACGGAGGUAUAUCGCAUAG